AUGGGAGGGUCUCUAUCGCGUCUUUGGUCCCUUGUCUGGACGAAGAAGGAGAUCCGAAUUCUCAUCCUCGGUCUCGACAACGCUGGAAAGACCACCCUCCUCUACAGGCUUAAGAUCGGUGAAGUCGUCACAACCAUCCCAACUAUUGGAUUUAACGUCGAGUCGGUCACAUACCGGAAUCUGAACUUUAACGUCUGGGAUCUCGGCGGUCAAACGUCGAUCCGCCCCUACUGGCGGUGUUACUACGCCAACACCGCUGCCGUCAUCUUCGUCAUCGACUCUACAGAUAUUGAACGACUGGGAACUGCAGCAGAUGAGCUUGCAGCAAUGCUGCACGAAGAAGAACUUCGGGACGCGGCGCUGCUGGUGUUCGCCAACAAGCAGGAUCAGCCAGGGGCUAAGGGUGCCGGUGAGAUUUCAGAGGCGUUGAAAUUGGGCGAGCUGCGGGACCGGAACUGGAGCAUUGUUGCCUGUUCUGCUAUCGAUGGCAAGGGUAUUAAUGAAGGCAUGGACUGGCUGGUGCAAACUAUCCAGGCCGAAAACGCAUGA